AUGGCAGUCACAGAGGCAGAGAUGCGUGAGAGAGUCAACAGUGUCGAUGCCGAUCUGCAAUAUGUAUUGCAGGAGGCCGGGGCAUCACUCGCCACACAGUAUGCAGUUUGCAACGUGCACAGCACACUUCGCAGAUUCCAGGCUAUCGCUGAUGAUCGUGCAGGUUCGCGCACGGCUGCGAACACAGACUUUGGAGUGCCAAGAGACACGCCUGCAGGGCGUCAGCAAACGGCUGCUAUAGUGGCAGCGUGGGAACUUGCAAAAGAGAUUAGCUCCAAAGAAAUUGAACUCCGGGCGGAGGCCCGUGCACUCAAUCAGCCCAGGAUCUUGCAGACCCAGGAAAGGCAGGCCAUGCUGCGCGCGGUUUCGGCCGCCUAUGGCAAGCUCAACGAGGCCGAAACACCUAGUGCAGAGUACUUGGCUUUGAAAGCAGAGGAGACCGAGCAGAAUGAGCCGACUGCGGCACAGCUUGAUACUAUCACUUCGAAGCGAGAUUCUCAAACAGCCACCAUCCAGUCUAGUGUUGAUCCUGCUGGACAUUUGCGCAUCACGAAAACCAAGCAGAAAGUCGAGAUGCCUCAAAACUCUGAAGCUUACCGGAGAGUCUUGAAGAUUGAGGGUUACUCUUGGUUGGCAAUGCAGUCCAGGUAUAAAUCUAAGACUUGGCUUCAGGGCUUGACGAUGGCAGAUUUCACCAAGUUCGUCGACUACAUUCUCGGCGAGCGGGUCGCGGGCCUCAGAUUGGAGCAGGCCACGGGCUACGACAGUAGCCACAAUGCACUCUUCCGACCCCCAUGGGGGAUCGUGCUUCGCUAUGAGUACAAGUUGAGGAAAGAAGCUUUCAGGCUAGUGAAUGAUGAAGGUCAGACGCUUCAAGAUGCUUUGGCAGCCGUGACUAAGGAUACCGAGCUUAAAGAAGUUCAUUUUGCAUACCUUGCUUUGCAGCCUGGGGUCAGCGAGUGCAGGGGAUACGAGUUUCACAAUCCUGACUUGAUGACUGAUCGGUUUUGGGAUUCGAUUCUGCAGUGCUUGUGCCAGGGAGAUUGGAUUUUCUUGGCAAGCCCGCCACUUGAAACGAUGUCGCGGGCCAGGCAUAAACGGCCAGGGCCGGCCCCACUCAGGUCGGAAUCCUGGCCCACAGGUUUUCCAUGGUUGUCAGACGACAAUAGAAUUAAAGUUGAGAAGGCAAAUUCCUUGUUCCAGCGAUGUGUAGAAGCUGCAUCCGCCUGUGCAUCCGCAGGAGGCUGCUUUGUGCUUGAGAGCCCUGAGGAUUUGGGUGCCACCAAGGACGGUGAGCGGCCAGCGUCAUUUUGGCAGUUGCCUCAGGUGCGCGACUUGCAAGUCCAGCAUAAUGCCACAACUUGGGCAUACUUCCGUUGUGCGUUCGGUGCACCCACUGCUAAGCCCAGCCGCUUCCUGUGUAAUUCCGAGAAACUAAAACAUCAGCUGCCACCAAACAGCGUUUGGCCCACAUUCGAUGCGGAAGGCUGCUACACGGGCCCGCUUCCACCUCGCUGCCCUCACAGCCAUCAUCCGAAGCCUUUGGUAGGUCGCCAAGGUCGUAAUUGGAAUACGGCCUCCUCUGUCGAGUGGCCGACAGCUCUGUGUGAUUACCUCUUGCAUUCCAUCCUUCCUUCGGUGCUGCGCACAGGGGGGGACGCAGGAAGGAAUGCUGGCCCACCAGAGGGUCCCUCCGUUUCGGUUUCCCCGGCUGCUAGUGGUUUAGGCCCUCAGGCAGAUAGUGGUUUAGGCCCCGAUUCUUCGGAAGCACAUGCCCACAACGCCGAGGCUUUAGCUUGUGAGAUCCUUUCGAAAGGCGAGGCGCCCCGCGCCGAGGACAUCAUUCGCUUGUACGAAGCUUUGCCGAAGGAGGUGUCAGCCCGUGACCCUGAGGGCCGCAUCCCGAGCUCCUUCUCCACGGGUGCCUACAACAAGGGAGGCUUGACAGGCCUGAGGAAGGCAUGCCACGAUUUCCCGCUGGCCACCAAGUGCUUGGUCCGUUUUGUUCGAAGCAUGCGUCCUUUCCAUCCUUUCAGCACCAUCAGCAUUUACGACAAUGUGUGCACUGCCCUCCAUAAGGACAGCCGCAAUGCUUGCUGCGAGAACUUGAUAAUCCCUCUUACCCAGUUUUCUGGGGGCGAGUUGUGGAUGCAACAAGACCAGGGUGCUACACCUCAGAUCUUUGGGGGCUCUGAAGUGUUUGGGACGGCAGUGCCGAUUCCCCCAGAAGGCUUGUGCUUCGAUGCUCGUGGCAUCUUGCAUUGCACUAUGCCUUGGAAGGGCCGCCGACUGAUUGCCGUCGCAUUCACGGUGUCGAAGACUGAGGAGCUGAAGAAAUCGGAUGCGCAGCUUCUUGAGGACCUUGGAAUCAAUUGCCCUUCCGCAAGCCAGUUGACAGGGAGGACCUUGGAUGCCGGGGAGCUGUCAUCGACGGAGAGCUCUGAGUCGGAACACCCGUCUGGUGGCAAGGACCAGCAAGCAGACGAUGUCUUCAGACCAGAGCUUUGUGGCAACUUCGGAAACCCCUUGAUGCUGGAGUGGGACGGGAGAGAGUCGCCUAUCACUGACGGCUAUGGCCUUUGUUCUCCAACGCGUUGGCAUCCUGCCUCCCGUGGAGCAUCGCUACCAGAGAAAUCAAAGGACCUGUCGAGACGCUUGAAUGGCUUGGUGCAGCAAUUUGUCGCAGAGCAGGUGCCAGAUUGCCAGUUGCUGGCACUCAAGUUGGCCACCGGACAGAUUCUGGAAUCGCCUUUCGAGGAGGGUGCAAUGCGACGCCUUCGCGAGGACUGGGCUGCACUUGUAUGUGAGACGGAUGGAGCCAAACACGAAGGUUUGCUGGAAGUUCCUGAUCCUCAGCCUUUCUACCUUCGGACAGAUGCAAAGUGUGCCGACGGAUUCGUCGUGUUGGCCGGUUGGGAGCUAAGUGAUGACACCAAAAGUUCAAAAUGGUUUUCGCUGCGCUUGACACCGAGUGACGCACCAUACUUGUUUGAUCAGGAGGGGAAAUCACAAUGGGCAUCAGGCUCAGCAGAACUGCUGGCAACAUUGGCGGCCCUUCACGUCUUCGGAUACUUGACCGCCUCUGUGGACAGAAAGGAACUGGACGUCGAGUGCGCGGCGGACACAGACAAUCAGGGCAACUCGAGAUUGCUCAAGAAGGGGUCCUCAACCAAGUGGCCCCUGAUGUUGAUCAACAUGCAGUUGUCUGAUUUGCUUCUUCGCUCUUCCUUGAAGCUCCUCCUACGGUGGAGGCCACGCGAUGAGAAUCAGUACGCAGACCAGCUUACGAAUGAGAUUUUCUCUAACUUCUCGGACGAACAUCGCAUUGCAUGCACAUACUCGGAUUUGCCUCUUGCGCUCCUGCAUCAGUUGUGGGAGACAAAAGAAAGCUUCGACUCAGCACGAAGGGCUCAGGCCGUGCUUCAGCAGGAUGCCUCGGGGCAUCGUCCUCAGAAGAGGAAGGCAGAGAAAACACCUUGGUAG